GACGCAGCCGCCCUCGGCGUCCUCUGUAGCUGGCGACCUAGGCCGCGGGACCCGGACCGAGGUAGAGGCAAGGGCAGCGCGUCAGGGAGCGGGGUUCGCGCCUCCCGCCGCCAUGCCGGACAGCUGGGACAAGGAUGUGUACCCUGAGCCCCCGCGCCGCACGCCGGUGCUGUCGUCGCAGACUUGGCUGCCCAACCCCGUCGUCUACAUAACGAAGGCGUUCGACCUCAUCGUGGACCGACCCGUGACCCUCGUGAGAGAAUUUAUAGAGCGGCAGCACGCAAAGAACAGGUAUUACUACUACCACCGGCAGUACCGCCGUGUGCCAGACAUCACUGAGUGCAACGAGAAUGAUGUCUUGUGCAUGUUUGAAGCCGAAAUGCAGUGGAGGAGGGACUACAAAGUCGACCAAGAAAUUGUCAACAUUAUACAGGCUCGACUCAAGGCCUGUCAGCAGAGGGAAGGACACAACUACAAGCAGAACUGCAGCAAGGAACUGGAGCAGUUCACCCAGGUGGCCAAGGCCUACCAGGACCGCUAUCAGGACCUGGGGGCCCACUAUUCUGCCAGGAAGUGCCUGGCCAAACAGAAGGAGAGGAUGCUGGAAGAGAGAAAAGCUGCAAGAGAGGCCGCCGCUGCCACCUCCUGAGGCAUCUGUGGGUGCACCUGUUAUGUGGCUCUGUAUGACUGUUGCUGAAAUAAAGUCCUGCAACCUGC